AUGGGGUUGAUGGUCUCUCACAUUCUCUAUGCUGGUGAUACUUUGUUGUUUUGUGAUGCGGAACCGAAGCAGAUGGGAUACCUUCGGUGUGUCCUGUUAUGCUUCAACACUGUUUCUGGUCUCAAGGUGAAUUUGGGCAAAUCAGAGAUGAUUCCGAUUUGUGUGGUUGAAGACAUAGGGGAUAUUGCUCAUGUUUUGGGCUGCAAGGUGGCGGCACUUCCGGUGUCAUAUUUGGGAUUGCCGUUGGGUUCUUCUUACAAAGCAAAGGCAGUGUGGGAUUCAGUUGAAGAAAGAUUUCAGAAGAGGUCGGCAAGUUGGAAGCGGCAAUACAUUCCAAAAGCUUCUGUGGCUAAGAGAAUAGAGAAAAUACAAAGAGACUUUCUUUGGAGUGGUGUAGGGGAAAGUUUAAAUACCAUCUAGUUGAGUGGGACAAGGUUUGCGCUCCCAUGAGAG